UGUUUUUGUUUUUAUGACAUCGAUAAUCUUUCUCCUUUCAUUGAUUAGAAAUUCGAAAAUAUCAGAGUUAAUUAGUCAUAGCUCAGCUUCACAAAUAUUCCCAAAUAUUAAUUAAAAAGUUCCACAAGUGCCUUGUCUUAAUUGGCGUCUGGUAACCCGGAUGUAACUCUUUCCCGCCGGAAGUUAAUUAUAUCAUGUUUUGAUUUUCAGUUUCCCCCAUGUGAGUGUUGGAGCUUGUAAUUUCAAAAUGUUUUAAUACACCGGAUAGUUUUUGCUGUUGAAUACAGCGGAUCAUAUGCUGACACACUGUUCCUAUUUAUUACACAAUGACUAUAAUUUUGUUGGAGGCCUUUUACGGCGGUUCUCAUAAACAAUUGAUUGAUUAUUUAGCCACAAACAUACCUAAAUGUUGCGUUUUCAAGUUACCGGCAAAAAAAUGGCAUUGGAAAGCCAGAACAUCUGCUUUACAUUUUAGUGAAGUUAUACCAGAGAAUGAAAACAUCUACAGUUCCUUAUUUACAAGUUCCGUAUUGAACCUUGCUGAAUUGGUAGCACUGCGUCCUGAUUUGGCUCGACUUCAUAAAGUUAUCUAUUUUCAUGAAAAUCAACUAAUUUAUCCUGUCAGGAAAGAACAGACCAGGGAUUUUCAAUAUGGAUACAAUCAGAUUUUAUCAUGUGUUGUGGCUGAUGUUGUAGUGUUCAACUCUGAAUUCAAUAAGAACACAUUUCUACAGAACAUCAACAGAUUUCUCAACAUCAUUCCUGAUUAUCAUCCAAAGAAUCUCAUGAAAAAAAUCGCGCCAAAGUGCCGAGUCUUAUAUUUCCCAUUAUCCUUUCCUGACUGUCCAACAGAAAGCUUGCUAGAAAACAAAUACUCACAUUUAACCCACGGCUGCAUGAUGGAUAAAUGCUUAGAGAAAGUUUUGAAGGAAACUGAAGAAUGUGGUUCAUCCUCAAAACUUACAGAACAAAUAUCUGAGACAAGCAAUGAAGUCUUGACCAAUGGAAGACAAGAUAAAGUUUUGGCUAAUGGAACUCAUUCUGCAGUUGAUUUCCAAAAUACUGUAGAUUGCAUCAGUGAUAAAACUUUGGAACCAGAGAUAUUGCCAUCUGUUCAAGAGAAUGGAAGAAAACUUCAUAUUGUUUGGCCUCAUCGUUGGGAACAUGAUAAAGACCCCGAAAGAUUCUUUAAUAUUUUAAAUUGGCUCCAUGAAGAAAAUUUUGAUUUCUGGGUUUCUGUUAUUGGCCAAAGCUUUUCUGAAGUUCCAGAUGUUUUUAUACAAUCAAAGGAAAAACUAAAAGUUCAUCUCAAAACUUGGGGAUAUGUUGACGACAAGAAAGAUUAUUAUGAAAUUCUAAAAACAGCAGAUGUCGUUGUUUCCACUGCAAAACAUGAAUUCUUUGGAGUAUCAAUGCUUGAAGCUGUUUAUUAUGGUUGUUACCCUCUCUGUCCAAAUAAAUUAGUCUAUCCAGAAAUAUUUCCACAAUGCUACCUUUAUAACACAGAACAUCAGUUGUUUAAAAAGUUGAAGAGAUUUUGUAAAUUCCCUCAUUUGACUAAAAAAUUACCAGAAAAGAUUGAUUUGCAACGCUUUAUGUGGAAACAACUCAAAGAAUCAUAUGAGGAGGUUCUAAAAGGAACUGUGUCUCCAGAUCAGACAAAGACAAACUGAGAAUGUUAAGGGCAAAGAUUUUUCAGUCGAGGACAUACUUGAUACUGACCUUACGGUAAAAAUUGCUUUCCUGGCUGCUUGUGAAGCACUUCAUCUUCCAAAUCUGUGAAAUAUCUUAAAUAAAUCUGGGACAAUUUUUGCAAGAAAAAUAUAUAAGGUGUGAGUGCGAUAUAUUUGAUAGAAAAAUACAUAUCAUAUUUCAUUAUUUGAAGAUGAAGUGAAGUAGGCCAGCAGUUGGUGAUGGAAAUACAGUGUUUUGUGAGAUACAGUGUAUGUUUUGUAGGUCUGUUGACUGCAAGGUUGUGAGUUGUAAUCAUCUUACACAGAUUAUGUUUGGAUUUAACUGACUGUUAUGGUAUGUCCUCUCUCUUAGAAAAGCACCUAAAUCUGCUUUAAGGUGAAGGGCUUAGCAGCAGCAGAAAGCGCAUCUAAUUACAAAAGCAUUUGCUUCAUAUUGCAGCAACACCAUACUUCUAUUCUAACAUGAGAAAAUACACACAUUGGUGCGUGUGUGUGUGUAAAUAGAUAUAGUCUUAAAAAUCACUAUCCUUUACCAAUCAAAUCUUAUCCAAAACAUAUACUAAUUUGAGCCAUGUGGUCCCUAUAAAAAUAGGACAAGCUUCAAACACUAGUCAGAGACAAGACAGUUGCAGCAUAACACGUCUAUCUCAACUUUUGAAAAUCAGUGUAUAUUGUGAAACCGGUUAAAUCUUUAAAUAUAAUAAAAAAAUUUUUAACUACUCUCAGGGCAUUUUCAACUUCUAUUAUAUAUAUAUAUAUUUUCGGAGUAAAUUAAGUAUUAUUUUAAUUGAAUAAUGCCAUCAUAUCAUUUUUCUAUUACCUUUAUUUAAUGAAUAAUUGGGCUCAUUUAACAUUGAAAUUUAAAAGUUACUCUGGUAGAGUUUUUUCAGUGAAAUCAUUCCACAAUCAACAAACUGUAGCAAGAUGCUGCAAUUUGUUGAGACACAAUCAGUCCAUCAGUUCAUACGUUGAAUGUAAAUGUUUGCAAUGAUUCAUCACGAUUUCAUACCCAUUUUUCCAUGGGUCAGAUGGUAUCUGUUGAGGCAGAUUUUCAACUACCAGAUGUUGCCCUUCCUCUUUCCAAGCAAGGUAAUAUUUCCCCAUGUUUUUCAUGGAACACAAGAAACAAACAGCCUCGCUUGUAUGACAGUGAUGUUCAUUUACAACUAUCAUGUGAGGUCAAGACAAGUGUACACACACUCGACAGGCUUCUUUCAGUUUCCAUUUACUAAACUCACAAGGCCUGGGAAUAUAACAGAGGACACUUGCCUAAGGUGAUGUGCUGUGGAACUGAACCCAAGACCACAUGGUUGGGAAGCAAGCUUCUUAACUACAUAACCAUGCCCAUGCCUAUGUUAACCUUGGGCCUUUAUUCAAUUACUCAACAAGUGCUACAAUAUAUUUAUGCUCUUUCCACUGUGGUUGACUUUGCCUUUCAUCCUUUGGGGUUGAUAAAUUAAGUAGCAGUUGUGUACUGGGGUAGAUCUAAUCCCCCGAAAUUUUGGGCUUUCUAGAAAAGAACAGAAAAGAAUAUAUUUAUACUCUUUGUGACUUUAUGUGAUGCAUCUUCUCCCUCUAUACCCAAUUAGAGGCUGUCAUCUUUUUAACACUGUGUGCUGCAGCAGCAGCAAUUGAUCCCCUAUCUCCUUGCUCAGUGGUAGACAGCACACAAAUGAGUUUCAAGUGCUCACCCCUUUUCUUCUUUCCUGUUUGCCCCCCUCCUGAAAUACCAGUUCUUGUACCUUGAGACAAACUAUCAUUGCUUUGAGACUUUCAUCACCCAGAAUUAAACGCUCUGCAUAACCGUAAAUCAAAUGAGAAAAUUUAUUUCAAUUUGAAACAAAUUCCUACCAUUUCACACAAUUCAAACCACUGACUUUUUUUUCUUUUCUGUCACAUGGUUCAGUCAUUAGACAGUGGCCAGGCUGGGGCACUGCCUUUGAAGAAUUUUCAGUGAAUGAAUCAACCCCAGUCCUUUUUUUAAAGCCUGGUACUUAUUCUG